AGAGGCUCCGGCUUUUCUUCCCGGGCCCGCCCUGGGCGCGAUGGGCGAGCUCCCUUUCAGUGUGCACGCGUCCUUGGACCCGGACCACCUGUGGAUCUGGAACGCGGGCUUGUAUGUGGACGAGUACCAGCGCACCUGGCUGCCCAUAAUCAUCCAGGCAGAGACUAACCUCCAAGUGCUCAUGCGUCAGGUGGAUGUGGCCCCCGGGGAGGCCAUGCGCCCCAGCCAGCUGCCCCCCAGCCUGCUGCCUUUGAUGUGGCAGCUCUACCCCGGGAGAAGGUACCGAGCCUCUGACUCCAGCUUCUGGCGCAUCGUGUACCACAUCGAGUUUGGCGGCAUAGAGGACUUGCUCCUUGAGCAGCUACCAGACCCGGAUGUACAACCUGGUCCAGCUGUCCUGUCUCCCCUGGUCUCCUGAGCCCCGAGUCCUGCCAGCCUGCAGUGGGGAUGUUCAUGCCAUGUCCGUCUCAUUCUCCAGUCCUGUGUUCUGUACUACCCACAACCCAGCCCCUGAGGGAACAGACGGGCAAAGGAUGCACACCUUCCCGGGGCCUGCAGGACCCGCCCCUGCGGCCUCCCGGGCAGAUGACUCUGGGCAGGACCUGGUGGCUAGCCCUUCCUCCUGCCUUCCUCCUGACUUCUCCACUGCCUGCUGGUCUUCAUCCUCCCUCUCCCACUGUGCCUCGCAGAACUCAUCACCAACUGCUCCCCAUUCUGCUCGGUGAAGCUCCAGCUGUAGGCCUCGGGCCUCCUCACCUGCACUCUGGAACAGCUGUCUCCUGUGACACCGGCCUGCACCCAGCAGCAGCCCCGUGGCCCAGCAGGUGCAGGCACGGCUCGGAAUAAACUGACAGCAGCCCGGGUCUCUGCUCAGGCUCAGAAGCCAGCGGGUCUGGUCCACAGCUGGGACCCAGAGGAGGCAGGCACACCAGCUCUGCGACGGGCCCCAGGAGCCCACCUGUGGAAGGACAGAGGUUGGAUUCCCCCCCCCACCUUUUUAGGGGCCUCCGCACUGGGUGGUCUGAGAUUGUAUGUAGUGUGAACACUUUGUAAUGUUAAUUAAAUGUG